CCCAGUGCCUGAGGAGGCCAGAGAGGGUGUUGGAGUCUCUGGAAGUGUAGCUACAGAUGGUUGUAAGCUGCAAUAAUAGUGCUGGAAUCAACCCAACCCCAGGCCUCUGGAAGAGCAACCAGUUUUCUUAACCACUGAGCCAUCCCGCCAGCCCCCUUGGAACGCAUUUUGUGGUGCUUAUCUUGGGGAUUCUGCAGAAGUGUUGAAAGAACUAUUGUGAGAAACCCACACCCACUUCCCUUUUCAUAGUGGGCUUGCCCACUUCUCCAACCCAUAACUUCAUCUAUGUGGAUUCCCCAGGAUAGCCCAGCUGGUUCAGAGUGCUUUGCUACCUGCCUUUCCGUUUGCCACGGCCCUGGCCUUGAGAGGUGGGUGUGUUUACAACUAAAUUCUGACCACACAGAGCUUCCUCCUGUGUGUGGGGGGGGGAGGCAAAAUCACUGACCUCUAGCAAAAGACAAGCACUGAUCACAACUCUUAGCCAGAAUAUUUAUAACCCAAAGCCAGUGAAUGAACAGCCAAUCAGUAAUAAGGGAAGGUCCUUGGUUUGAGAUGCAGAAUGCUCCCCCAGAGACCCAGUUCUUUCACAGGUUAAGCCUGGGAAAUCCCCAGUCCAUUGGCUCAGGUCUGGCCAGCAUCCGGGAUGACCAGCUGUGCAAGAGAGGUUGCUGUUAUCUCUCAGAUUGAUGAAAGGAUAUUCUGGGCAGGCAGCGCCGAUGGUACUUACAGCUCAUUCUCAUGUCCCCUGACCCAUUCUUAGCUGAGUGCCAGUGUUCUAGAAAGGUGAGAGAGUGCUAGGUUCUAGAAUGACCCCACCCCACCCCACCCCCGAGAUGGGUCCUGGUGUGCUAGGACAGCGUCUUGUACAUCAGCUGGGAAUAAACCGCCUUGCACCUGGCGACUCCUCUGCAGUUUCUGGCUUCUUUUACUGGUUGUUUGACCCUUUCUUUUUGUAGCAGCCUCCUCUCAGCAUGAUUUCUAAAAAGCCUUUGGUGCCUUGAGUUUGGCCCUGUCCCCUUAAGAUCCUCCUUCCUACAAGCAUGAGUCUGGCCCAAACCACUGUGCUCCUGUGGGCCUGGGGCAGUCUCCAGGCCUUUGAAAUCGUGGAGAAGGAGAACAUUUUUCAGAAGACGCCCUGCCCAGCUUUCCUGAUGUUUGAUAAUGCUGCCUAUCUGGCUGACAUGAGCUUUGAACUUCCCUGCCACUGCAAACCUGAGGAUGUUCCAGCUGUGGUCUGGUAUUACCAAAAGCACUUGGGAAGCAGCCACACUGUAGUGCUUACAGACUUUGAUGGGCGGGUGCUCACUGAGGCAGCUCACGUUCGAGUGGGCAGCAGCAUGCUGGUCCGUUUCAGCAUCCGCAUGUUCAGUCUGCUGGUUUUCCGGGCCCAGCCAGAGGACUCAGGCCUAUAUUUUUGUGGCACCCGUAAGGGGGACUAUUUUUAUGCCUAUGAUGUGGACAUCCAAAGCAAUGAGGGAAUGGUAGCCACCUUCAGGGACAGGGGCCAGGAGCCAUUGCCAGAUGAAUACUAUGGUAACCUCCACGUCUUUACUACCUUCUGGGAGUGGACCCCCUGUGACCGCUGUGGGGUGCAUGGGGAACAGUGGCGCCUUGGACUCUGCUACCUGCAGAACGCUGACCUCUCCCCCCGGUACCUUAAGACACUGCCCAACGUAGUGUCCUGUGGCUCUCGGGCUGUGCCAAGGAAACUGUGGCUCAAGACCAGGUACCACACACCUGAGCUGCUGAUUCAGAGCUGCCUAGUGUCCUGUGAGAAGAGGCAUCAGAUCCGGAAGGGUGUGCUCACAAUCUACAACUAUGUGUCCAAAGUGGGCAGCCGGCCCUGGCUGCCUCAGGUGCCCAUUCAAUUCCAUCAGCAAAGACUAGGCCAUGGCCUCAUCAUCUCCUGUCCCGGGGCCCGGCCAGAGCAUGCUGUGGCCUGGGACAAAGACCGUCAGCCCCUCUACCGCACACAAUACCUAAAAGGCGUCAACAGAUCCAUGAGAGUGUUCAUCGACCACGGCAACCAUCUCCACAUCCGCUUUACCCAGUUGAGUGAUCGGGGCAUCUAUUACUGCUGGCGGCAAGGCUUGAGAAUCGCUGGCUUCCGGUUGGGAGUAACAUCUCGAGGACGCUACCCAGCCUCACUCUCAGACCCCGAGACUCGCACUGCUGUGGAACUCACCCUGCUAGGCUAUCUGCUCAUCACAGCAAUCUUUGUCACCAUCCACCUCUGUCGGUGCUGUUGCUACUCAUUUCGCUGUUGUCCCAACUUCUCCACCCAUACCCUUCUCCAGCUGUGAAAACUAGUUGUGUUUUAAUAUGUUUGUUAAAUGAUACCAGAUGCUUCUGGAUGGGCAUCCUGGGCUGGGACACA